UCCACUAACGAUCACAUGGCGGCUAGAUCCAAAUCCAAAAUGGCGAGUGGUGGGAACUUCCGAGAAGUUUUGCAUCACAGUGGAAAGCCACAAGGAAACGUGAUAAAUUUUACUAUAGGAUCAGCAACGACAGUGAGGGAUGAAGAAAACGCUCAGCCUCAUACGGGAGGUGGAUUUGCUUAUCGAGAGUGCGGGACUGUCGACUCUGUUACUCGAAAUCGUUACAUCUUUUGGAGAGUAACAGAUAAUGUACUGGAGCUAUUUGAAGAGUCCUUGGACAACAAUCUCUCAGGAAACCACCUUGAACUACAGUUUACUGACGGUGUUCUUUUACCAGUGGUGUAUAUCUUUGAAACUCCUGCACAUGUUAGCUUGUUGAUUGCCACAACCAACAGUGUACACAGGAUUGCGUUCCCUCAUCCAGACAGACUUCGUAGACAUGGAUUUGGUUUGUCUUACUCUAGUGAAGGAAGUCAGCAGUCAAUCUUUAAUGAUUUUUCCAGUCAUCAGCUCAGAAGUCCUUCAAAUUUUGGAACUUUUUCACAAUCAUGUGUGACUUUUGCAAGCUGGCUUUGCCAGGAUGGACAUUGUCUCUUUGCUUUAGCUACUACUUCAGGAAUAAUACUUUUGAUAAAAUUGCCUCCUCCUGGGAGUGGUGGUCAAGUUGAGCAGUAUGAAUUAAAGGAAGCAGGAGUGAUGCAACGUCUUUGGUCUGGUCUUGUUCCUUCAAGCUUAAGGAGAGAGACAAUGGCUUCUGAUGCUACACUGAGUGUAGGAAUCCAUCCAUACGGAAAUCAUAUGUGUGUGUUUGCUCUUUGCCGAGAUUUCAAGCUCAGGAUUUGGUCUUGCCAGACUCUAUCGUGCAUUUACGUCAAAGAUCUUCUGGAAGAUAUUCGUGAUGAUAUGGAUGCUCAAAACUUUCCAGCUGUGGGUCAUAUACUCCGUAAAGUGGUAGAUCCAUCAAGUGGCAAACUUUAUCUUGGUUUGUUUUUAAACCUAAUGUACAACACACAGUUCUGUGUGUAUGAGGUUGUGCCAUCUUCAGAUGAUGAUCCAAGCUUGUCUGCACUUUCCUUCUCACACUUUCCAAAGGAAAAUCUUGUAGACUUUGCUGUGACCACAUCGAACAUCUGGACUUUAUGGACAGAUAAAAAUGGUGAAACAAUGGCUUACUUCACUCCCAUUGAAAACAUAGAUGCACAAGAAUGUGGUUGGAAAAGAAUAUUCCUUAAACCAACAGAGAAUUCUGAUGUCAUGGUUCCACCAUAUAAAGAACCAAGAGAAGUUUUUCUUGAUCAGCUCUUCUACCCUGGAAGGUUUUCAAAUCAUUCUAUUCUGAAAGCUAUGCAGAUAUACCACCAUUUACCAGUUUCAAACUUUGUCAGUGAUUUUGAUGAGACUGUUUCAAGGAGUGAUUUGAAACUGGCUGUUAUCAAUCUCAUUGAUUCAGAGAUUCAGAUGUCAGCUCCAGAUUAUGAGAUGCUUCACCAUGAGUACAAUGAUCUUCAGCUACAAUGUUGGACAAAGUUCUACAGCUGUGUCGUACAGUACCAUCAAGUUGGAGGUAAAGCCUUGGGCAUUUUCAUGGACACUAAAACAGGAUUAGUCUGUGUUGUGCGAAAGGAAAUGCUGUCAUUCCUGAGACCCUGUGACCUGUUUGAGCAACUUCAUCUCUCUGAAGAACCUCUAGAAGUGUCAAUUGUUGCCACAGAGCCUCAUCUAGAUAAAACCAUGAAGGAAUCAUUCAUAGAUCUUUGUAACAUCAUCAGAAUGGUUUCAGAUCAGCUAUCUCCUGAGCAUCUAUCAGCACUUGAAAAUGAUGUCAUGUACCAGCUGAAUCCAGCAUUAACUGCUGAACAGAUUGCUGUUUAUCUUCUAACAAAUGUGAGUGAUGAAGAUCAAGGAGAAGCAGAUACAAAUGCCUUAUUUCAGUUUCAACAGGAACUGGAGACAAGUUUGCACAAGAUACCAAAUAUCUUCCAUAGUUUGGAAUUCCUUCUUCUGAUGUUAGAGAGUGACCUCAUUGAGGAUGUUCCUUAUGAGCAACAGACUGGUUGGUCAGAUUUCUCUCAUAUCAUGACUGGUCAUCACCUGUUCAGUGCUCCACUCACCUGCUCUCUCCUCUCCAAGGCUGCUCACCAAAUUGCUUCAUCCAGAAUGUCCGUAUGUAAACAUCUAUUGGUGCUGCUCAGUUUAAUGACCAGGCUGGGGGUCAACAAGAUUGGCUUGGAUGCUAGAAAAGCUGAGGAUGUAUCAUCAGUGUUCAUUCCUAGAACAGUUGAGUUUCUCAGGCUGUAUGUUGCUCUGCACUGGAUCCUUGAACAAGCUGUCACGCCCACGCCAUCAAGUUCUGUAGAGUCGAACCUAAAACAGUUAGCCACACUGGAAAUUUCAGAUGGAAUGGAGUCAAAAGCGGUCCCCGAUGAUCCUUCUCUAACACUAGGGGAACUCUUCCUAUGUGGUGUUGGGGGAACACAACUGAGAAGGCACCUGGUCCAUAAAAUCAGGGCCUCACUGGAGAUGUCUGAUCAGGAGCCACCUCUUCUUUGGGUUGGAUUUUUCAACCGGGCUGUUUACAUCUUGAUGGACCUAAUCUGGCCACUAAGGGAGAGCGUCAUUUUCCCAGAAUUUCUCCUCUCGCGGUGUCAGUAUCUUCGCAUUCAAGAUUACGCGCAUCUGAUUUGCUAUUGGUGUGACACCUGUCAGUCAUCAUGGCAUUUCUUACUGGGCCAAUCGUAUUUGGCUUUGGGCGAGAAUCACAAGGCAUUAAGCUGCUUCCUGAAGGCUGCGAAGGGGAUUGGUUCAAUGGAUGCCUUUGUGAUGAAGGUUCUUCAAAGCGAUUCCACCGAUAUUUCAACACUGCUUGUUUUAUUUUACGUAAAGGUGUUGAAGCUGUUUGAGCAGUUUGAUGCUCCCGACUAUGUCAUCCGUGUGGCUCAUUUAGCGCUGGAUUUCGCUUCACCUGAUGAUCCAAAUAUUCCCGACUUGUGGUCAAAAAUUUUUAAACAUCAUCUGGAGUUGGGCCAUAAUGACCUGGCAUAUGAAGCUUUGACCGCUAACCCUGACCCUGUUAGGCGGCGUGUAUGCCUUCAUAAGCUCAUGGUAACACUGUACGAGGGAGGUCAAACUCAGGAGCUUGUAGAGUAUCCAUUUGUCAACCUUCAAAAUGAGUUUAUAGACAUCAUCGAGUCUCAUGCCCGUACAGUGGACAUAACUACUCACAGCUUUUACGAUCUACUCUAUGCUUUUCACGUGUUCAGAGGAAACUACAGAAAAGCUGGGGCAGCAAUGUAUGAACACGCCUUGCGACUUGGACAAGAAGUUUCAGGGCUUGACAGUCUGCAAAAACAGGCAAAAUGUUAUCUAGCAGCUAUGAACUCACUCCGUCUCGUCGAGCCGAAAAAUGCCUGGAUUGUAAAACCUCUGGACAGAAUAGGCACCGAUAAACCAGCGGAGCCGCCCAACAUGUCACCUAAACGAAAGCAGGGAGAAGAAGGAGAGGUACUCUACCCAAGUCAUCUGGCCAGGCCUCGGCGUAAAGUGACCGUGUUAGACAUCAGGGACCUGGAGGGAGAGUAUCUAUUGGUUCUCGCCAGGCUGCAGCUCAUUAAAAUGGACGCAGAUCCAACUCGUGCAAUAGGCCCUCAGUUGUCACCCCAGGAGAGCGUAGCGUUGUUGACUCAAGCAGGCUUGUUUGACAAUGCCUUCACUGUAGCUUUCCACUUCAACUUGCCAAAAGAAACGAUCUUCGAAGGACUUGCCUCAAGGUGUGUCAAGUUAUCUACCCAUGGUUCUGGUCUAACACGAAAAACCGAAGAGGACGCGUGGGACUGGCUCCUAUCCAAUGACCUCGGCGAAGCUCAGGUCUCCGGAUACAAGAGUGUUGUUGACCAGGCUUGGCAACUUUUGAAGUUGUACCUCGACAAGCUUGGUCCACGUGAUGGUCACGUGUAUUACAGAUGUGUAACCAGUAAACUGCUGUCAGCCGGGGCUACUCUGCCCACGUGGCUCGUGAAUGAUUACAAGCGCUUUAAUGCCACCGAACUGCUCCGUUUGUACAUCAACUAUGAUCUUCUGCUGGAGGCUGUCAUGUUGGCUGUUGAGUAUAUUGAAGCUGUUCUUGGAAAGGGCAAAGAAUACUUUGGACUGACGGAUGCCUUGCACGGCACCAGUCCCAGUGUGUGGGUUCCGUACGCUUCCCUGGAUCAACUGCUGGUUCUGCUUAAGGACGUGCAACCUGAUUCCGAGCUGGCUCAGGCACGUGAUGAACUGAGAGAACUACUCGAUGUGUUCCAUGAGCAAGUGACAUCAGUGUCACGUCAUAUGGUGCGUAUGCAACUGAAGCGUGCUCAGCGGAUGCACGCGGCGGAGUCCAUUCCAAUGCAAUGAUUACAUCAUGAAAAUGGUAGAGAUGUAGUUUUGCGUACAAGAGAUCGAAAACACUUUCUGAUAGAGGAAACUGAUUGAAACUUCUACACAGUCGAACCAGAUCGAGUUGGAACGCUUAGUUUACCUCUAGUCUUCUCUACUCGAUCGAAUGUUUGCCCGAUAAUUUUUUGAGUAAGGUAAUUCAGUGCCUUAGAAAGCAUGCUAGCUAACGCUAAGUCGGACGCGUUGCCGAGCAACAGAACAUAUCCAAACGGGUUCCAUCAAUCUACUGAAUAAGAUUCAGACUCAUAAGAAUACAAACGUUUCAUGGAUUUGUUACAAGAGACCAUGAACUGAGAGAACUGAUCCCUCAUACACGCCCCUCGAUUCCAAUGAUGAUUUCCAAAUUGAAUUUUCGUGCCUUGUCGUACUGCGUGGCAAUGUAGAGGAUGACACUUCUCAGCUCAUUUUCCCUUGAUCUGUAAGGUUCUGAUCUUAACUACAAUGGUAGAGAGCAUAACGAUUUGAUUGUGGCUAAGAUCCCAGUGCGUGGAAUCGUGGUACAGUGAAGAGGAGCUAUGUUAACACUCCAGCCGCGAUGUUGACAAAAGCUAAAUUACUCCUUAUCUUUGCUAUUGAUUGUUAUGAUGGCAAGUGGCGAGAAAAAAUAACCAACUAGGAAUUCUUUAUCGUAUAACAUUCAAUUCUGUGUUCUUGAUAGAAAUGUGUGGAUUUGGCAUGUGUGUACAAGUAUGGCUUUAUAUCAACCCAAAACUCUUGUAAAUAACCGUUUGCAUUAAAUACUGUUUCGAAAAAAAAGAAAAACUAGACUCAAAAGCCGUCUAUUUUCAUAUGCCAUCCAAAGAAAGAAGUAAACAGUGUCAUUAA